AUGUGAAAGUAGUAAAGAAGAAACGAAAGUUAAUAAAAGGAUAUAAAAGCGGUUGAAAAAACUUUCAACAGCGUAACUUUGUGUGGUGUGAGAAUCAUUAGAUCAAGAAGAAAUGGAGAUAACAGCACAGCAACUCAGCCAAUACAACGGCACAGAUCCAUCCAAACCGAUAUACGUGGCGGUGAAAGGUCGCGUGUUCGAUGUCACCACCGGUAAAUCGUUCUACGGUCCCGGUGGAGCUUACGCCAUGUUCGCCGGUAAAGACGCGAGCAGAGCACUUGCGAAGAUGAGCAAGAACGAACAAGAUAUCACUUCAUCGCUUGAUGGACUCACUGAGAAAGAGAUCGGUGUUCUCAAUGAUUGGGAAACUAAGUUCGUCGCUAAGUAUCCUGUUGUUGGAACAAUUGUUAGUUAAUUAAUUCAACUCUCUUGUUACUUUCAUCAUGAAUCAAUCAAUCAAUCAUCAUAUUCUGUGUGUUUCUAAUUAAUUGUUGUAUGAAACUAUGAAUCUGUUGUUGAUGAAUAAAUACAACUUUUAAUUUCUAGAAA